GCUGAGGCUGGUAGGGCAUGGACCAGCCUCUCCUGGUACUUCCAUUAAAUUCACAGAACUGUCUGGCUCAGUCCCUGUCUCCCAACAUAACAUGGUUAUGAAGAUAACAUAAAAAAGAAGAAUUGUGUAUCCUGACCCUAACCCUUUUUGGCUUGCUUGGAAAUUAAUAAUUACCACUUGUGGUGCUAAUAAAAUAAAAUAUCAGCUCAGACCAUUUAGAUGCAGCAAGAUUUGCAGGAGGAGUUCCUUCUUCUGUAUUUGCUUCAGUGAGUGAGUUGUUGGUGAUUCAAUUGCGAAGAAGAAGAAACCCAAAGAGGAAGCGGUCUAUAAACAUGUUUUGCAGUAAAGUCUCCAUAUUCUCUUUAUCUCGCACCAAAAGUGAAACCAUUUGUGACUGGAACUUUACAGGAAACUGUAGAUUUCCUCUUUCAAGUUAGAGCCUUGCAGCCUGUGAAGGAAGAAAGUGUAUUGGAGGACAGACUUAGAGCACCAAAGCAGCCCCAGGGAGCAGGAUGGAGAAGUUUCGUACGGUGUUUGACUUCUUCCUUAAUCACCAGAAGGCACUGGGCUAUGGAGCUGUCUCUCUGUUGACGGUUGGCAGCGAGCGCAUCUUUUCUGCUGUAGUGUUCAAAUGUCCUUGCAACUCCUGGAAUAUGCUCUAUGGUUUGGUCUUCCUCUUGGUGCCAGCCCUUAUUCUGUUUCUGCUUGGCCUGUUGCUCAGUAGCCAGUCUUGGAAGAUACUCACCGGAAGCUGCGCCCCCAACAGGCUGUGCAAGUGCCCUCACGGGACCCGAUUCCGGCACUACUUGAAAGUGCUGUGGCUGGUGACUAUCAGAGCCUCCGCUGCUCCCUUGACAUGGAUUGCUGUGGCCUUACUGGGAAGCCGCUUCUACGAGUGUGCCGCUACUGGGAGCCCCAUAAUGCAGGCGUACAUGUGCGAAGGCAAAGGGGAUGGGUGUGUUAAGGAAAUGCUUCAAGUGCCUUGUCAGAGUGGCACUCUUACCUCAGAGAUGCAGGAUGUGCUCAUGAGUCUUCAAGCACAGUCUCAGGUGCUGGGGUGGAUUUUGAUCGCCAGUGUCUUCAUAUUGGCCCUAGUUUCUACAUGCAUCUCCCGUUGCUGUUCUCCAGUCAGUAUUCUCCAGCUUGCCUUCUGGAAAGUGUACAUUGAGCAAGAGCGGCAGCUUUUUGAGCAAAAGGCCAAAGACCACGCAGCGAAGCUGGCAGAGAGGAACGUCAGAUGCUUCUUUGAUUCCACAGAACUGGGCGAGUUUCAAACCCCAAGUGCCAAAGAGUGGCACGGCAUUUCUUCCUUGUUCAAGUUUAACCCUAAAAAAGAUUACUACAGCAUGAUGCACAAAUAUGUCAGCAGCAAAACCAACACUGGCAGUAUUGGGUCUGUGGAGGGGGAUACAGUUCCUUGUUGCCUGGGGUUUGUGGAUGGCGCUGGUGGUAUUGAAACACAAGGGUUAUAGUGAUAUAAUUGCUUAGUCCAUCAGGCUCCAUUACAGGAAGAUGUCUAACUGAACAUGGUUGUUAUUUCCUCCUUCCUCUUUUUUCCAUCUUUCUCUUUCUUUGGGUGUCGGUGUGUGCUUUAAAUGUAUGAUGUGUAUACACUACAGCCUGACCAUAAUGAACCUCUGACUCCUACUAAGACUUACCUGCUUACCUAGGUUUUGGAUUAAAUGUGGCACAAAGUAUUUUAAAAAUAAAAGAUUCAGGAGUCCCUCCCCCAUGACGCUUUGGCUACUGGAUUUGGAACGAACCAAACCCCCAAACUGCGUAUGAGAGGGAAGAACAGAGGGAGAGCUUAGGUGGAAGCCUUAUGGCCUGUUUCUGUUCUUCCAAACAAUUCAGGCCAGUGGGCACAUUUGGAAUACUGAGAAAGCCUUGUGGCACCAGUCACAAAAUGUCUGUCAUAGGGAUGUGGCAUAACACAAAAUAGUUUCCCACAUUUGAAAGGGCAGGAAAAGAGACAUGACCACAAAAUGGGUAUCUGAAGAAGUGUGCAUUCACAUGAAAUCUCAUACCAAUGACAAACUUAGUUGGUCUCUAAGGUGCUACUGGAAGGAAUUUUUUUAUUUUGUUUUGACCACAAAAUGGCAUGAGCAUGCCACUCGCCAGCUGGAAAAAGACACCUACAUUUGCCACACAGAAAAGCUCUUUGCAGCUCUAAUCUGUUCAGGAAUGAUGGGAAGAUGGGUUCCAAUUUUGAAAUCCAACGAAAUUUUAUUUUUUCAGUAUUUAUAAACAUAUUUCUUUGCUGCAAUAUAAAGCAUCGGGGAAGUUUACAGUUUUAACGCGUAAAACAAAUGGGCAUGUUUAAGGCACAUUCAAAGUAAGAGACGCUGGAGCCAGGAAUUAAGCAGGAAGAGAUAUGUUUCUCUUGCAUUGUGGAUUUUGUGAGAGGAUAUUUACUGACAUUUCUGGGCAUCAUGUUUGCGUGGGCACCAUGUUGGAGACCCCUGGUUCAGAGAAUGAGGAAAAUGGCACCUGAACUGAGUUAGUGUGUGUGGACUGAUACUGUGCUACUUGCCAAAAUGAAACUUUUUCCUGGCUAAGGAAAAAAUAUGAGCCUUCCCAACGUUUUACAUGAAUUCUGCCCAUCAAGGAGUACAAAAAAGGACACCCAAAUCAGUGUGUGCUGGGGGGGGGGAGGGAGGCAGCAACUGGAUUUAUUGGGCUCCCAAGGGACCCCCAUUUAUUUCAAAAGAAAGCAUGUGUUUGGGUAUUUCCACUGGAAUCAUGGGGGUGGGAUGGGACUAUUUGGUCUGGGACUCUUCUGCAGCCACAAAAAUAGUAUUACAGUUACCCUGCUUCUAAUAAAUUAAGCUGUGUAACACAAAAAGUUUCUGUCUGGAAAAUCAUUGUCUUACAGUACCAUUACGUAAUUUGCUUUCUUGUUUGUGCGAUCCAAAUCAUGUCUCAGUCACUCACCCCUUACCCCAAUUCUUCCCUGUUUCCUCCUAGGAAAAGCUGAAGUGCAAAGUCAGUUGCUUCUGCAGUGGGAAAAGGAACAUGCUUGUUGUAGGUAGUCCUGUACUGGGCAAGCCUGCAUGGUUGCUUUCUUGCUGGAUGAUUUCCAAGUGACCCUGAACAGCAUGCUUCUGCCUCCCCCAAGUCUUAAAACCAGUGGCAUUGGGGGGGGGGGGUUCAUCUACCGGUAUGCAGGCAUGAUGGGUUGUUGACAUCCUGAGAAAGCAGUGACCUAUAAUAAUACUCUACGAUAUGGAAAAGGAAAAGGAAACCCCACCCCCAAAGGGGAAAAUUCAGCAGCACUGAAAAUCCCAUCCCUUUAGGCAGUUUUUCAGUGGCUGCUAUGGAAAGAGUUCACCAAUGCAGGAAGCAUCACCUGACCUCUAAAUUGGCUUCUUCCAUUUCCCUUAAAUAACAUCACCUUAAAUAACAUCAUUCUGUGAUAUGAAAAGGAG